UCCGCCGAGUAAGCAUCGUCGAGGUUUCCUUUUCUACAGCCGUCAUGUCUAAGCCUGAGUCCCCCAAAGAGCCCGAGCGGCUGCGGAAGCUCUUCAUCGGAGGGCUGAGCUUUGAAAUGACCGACGAGAGCCUGAGAAGCCAUUUUGAGCAAUGGGGCACACUCACGGACUGCAUGGUAAUGAGCGAUCCCAACACCAAGUGCUCCCAAGGCUUUGGGCUUGUCACCUACGCCACCGUGGAGGAGGUGGAUGCAGCCAUGAAUGCGAGGCCACACAAGGUGGACGGCAGAGUUGUGGAACCAAAGAGGGCUGUCUCGAGAGAAGAUUCUCAAAGACCUGGUGCCCACUUAACUGUGAAAAAGAUUUUUGUCGGCGGCAUCAAAGAAGACACAGAAGAACAUCACCUCAGAGAUUGUUUUGAACAGUAUGGGAAAAUUGAGGUGAUUGAACUCAUGACCGACCGAGGUAGUGGCAAGAAGAGAGGCUUUGCUUUUGCAACAUUCGAUGACCAUGAUUCUGUGGACAAGAUUGUCAUUCAGAAGUACCAUACUGUCAAUGGCCACAACUGUGAAGUAAGAAAAGCCCCGUCUAAGCAAGAGAUGGCCAGUGCUUCAUCCAGCCAAAGAGGUCGAAGUGGCUCUGGAAACUUUGGUGGUGGUCGUGGAGGUGGUUUUGGUGGGAAUGACAACUUGGGUCGAGGAGGAAACUUCAGUGGGCGAGGUGGAUUUGGUGUCAGCCGAGGUGGUGGUGGAUAUGGUGGCAGUGGGGAUGGCUAUAAUGGAUUUGGCAAUGAUGGAAGCAAUUUUGGAGGUGGUGGAAGUUACAAUGAUUUUGGCAACUACAACAAUCAGUCUUCAAAUUUUGGACCCAUGAAGGGUGGAAAUUUUGGAGGUCAAAGCUCAGGCCCCUAUGGUGGUGGAGGCCAGUACUUCGCUAAACCACGAAACCAAGGUGGCUAUGGUGGUUCCAGCAGUAGCAGCAGCUAUGGCAGUGGCAGGUUUUAAUUGCCAGGAAACAAAGCUUAGCAGGAGAGGAGAGGCAGAGAAGUGACAGGGAAGCUACAGGUUACAACAGAUUUGUGAACUCAGCCAAGCACAGUGGUGGCAGGGCCUAGCUGCUACAAAGAAGACAUGUUUUAGACAAUACUCAUGUGUAUGGGCAAACACUCAAGGACUGUAUUUGUGACUAAUUGUAUAACAGGUUAUUUUAGUUUCUGUUCUGUGGAAAGUGUAAAGCAUUCCAACAAAGGGUUUUAAUGUAGAUUUUUUUUUUUUGCACCCAUGCUGUUGAUUGCUAAAUGUACUAGUCUGAUCAUGA